AGAGAUUUCCCCCACACACACACACAAAAAAAUCUUUAAAAAUUAGAAUGUACUGAAAGUAGAUCUUGGGGGCAGUAUUGCAGAGCAAAGCAAGCCAGCUGCUCAAACAAAGAAGAAGUUACGUCAUUGCUGAGGUCACGUGAUUAAAUCCCACGCCACAACAUGUCAGGUUGCUGUGAUAUCUGGUGAGCUAGCAUUUCGAACCACAACAACCAUAAAGUGGCUAAUGGUGAACCUUCCCGGCAGCUGAACGACUGAAGCUUUGAAAAGAUGCGUCGUCGACGAUACGUGCAUCAAAAGCCGCCUGAAUGAGACGACGUUAACCGCUCACCAUCCAUGGCAGCUGGAGUUGGCAACCACGGUGACCCACCCUGCUUCCCGCGUGUUCCAGAGAUAAGCACAGAGAUGGAGUCAGCAAAUGCAAAGGCCCCCACUGCAAAAUACACAAAGAUGGGCGAGACCCUGAGGCACGUCAUUCCUGGCCACAUGCAGUGCUCCAUGGCGUGUGGUGGGAAAGCCUGCAAAUAUGAAAAUCCCUCUCGCUGGAAUGAUGACGAGCAAGCAAUCAAAGGAAUCUACUCAUCCUGGGUCACCAACAACUUGCUAGCUAUGGCAAGGCCUUCUACAGAAAUUAUAGAGAAGUAUAACGUCAUUGAGCAGUUUCAGAGGUGUGGUUUGAAGACGGUCAUUAACCUGCAGAGGCCAGGAGAACAUGCCAGCUGUGGUCACUCACUGGACCAGGAGAGUGGUUUUACCUAUCGCCCUGAAACUUUCAUGAAGGCUAGCAUCUACUACUACAACUUUGGAUGGAAGGACUACGGUGUCGCAUCACUGACUACAAUUCUUGAUAUGGUGAAGGUCAUGUCAUUUGCUGUGCAAGAAGGGAAAUUAGCAGUCCACUGCCAUGCAGGCCUGGGCAGAACAGGUGUUUUGCUGGCCUGUUACCUAGUCUUUACGUUCCGCAUGAGUGCUGACCAAGCCAUCCUGUUUAUACGAGCAAAAAGACCAAACUCCAUCCAGACGAGAGGUCAGCUGCUCUGUGUCAGGGAGUUCGCCCAGUUUUUGGUUCCCCUUCGAAGUGUUUUCUCCUGUGCAGAGCCCAGAGAGAACGCUGUCACCUUGUCUCAGUACCUCACUAGGCAGCAGCACCUGUUGCAUGGAUACGAGGCCCGACAGAUGAAGAACGUGCCCAAAAUUGUCCAGCUGGUGUGUAACCUCCUCCUCGACAUCGCAGCAAAUAGAGAAAGCACAGUUAAGCAGAAUUGGCCAACAAUCGCUGACCUCUCAGUGGAAAUAAAAAAAACAGUGUGUGAGCAGGCUCUGCAGCAGUUGGGGAAAGAGAUGAGAGGAAUGGGCAUACCCGUUUCUCCAUGCCUGUCUUUGUCACGAUGCGCAGGACCCCCACAGUCCCAGGCCUCCAAUGAGCAGCCGCUUUUCCAUGACCUGGACCAGGACACCUUGUACAGGAAGCAGAAAAUCCAAACCACUGAAAAUUGCCCUCUUUCUAACAGCAGGGGUCUCAGUUACAGCGACUCUUUUCUUUACAAACAUUCCCAACAGCAGAACGGCUUGAUAAGCUGUCAGUCAACGAGUCAGUUGAAACACCAGAUACAACUUUCUAUCUCUCAUAGCAGUCUUGCUACAUUUAACCCUCUCAGACUGAGUGAGCUCUCGGCUCAGGACAAUGUCAGCAUCACUCACGACUCAAAUAAAGAGACAAAGUUAGAGGCUUGCAUGGCCAUUUUAGAAAUCCAGCAACAUAAAAGGUUUCCUUUAGAUCCCGCCGAGCAGAGAAGAAGACCCCACUACAACGUUACUCCACCAGCUCCAUCACCAAACGGACAGUUUAAAGAGCAGCAAGACUUGGAGAGCAGAGCAGAGAGAGGAGUGAAGAAUCUCACCCUCAACCUUGAAACUGAGUUGUCUGUUGAGAACAGACACCUGUUGGUGGCCGAAAUUUUGGCCAUGGAUGUGAAGGACAAAGAUGUUUCCUUUAAGGUCUCUCAGUGGCAGACAGAACUCAACUCCAAAGAGGGGGCGUGGGAGAGACUGUGCAUUGAGAGAGAUCCUCUGGUUCUCUCCAGUCUGAUGUGGUCGUGGCUAGAGCAACUCAAGGAUCCAGUCAUUAGCAGUGAAGAUAUAAAAGCGCUCACUGAAAAUGACGUCAACCCCAAAAAUGCACUUAAUUUACUGGAGCAGGGUCACCGGCUCACUCUGCUGUGUGUCCUCAAGUGUGCUGCGCAGCUCCAGCCAAUGCCCAAAGACGUGGAGACUCUGUUUCUCAACAAGAUAAUAAAGGUGUUUACCAAGAUUGACCCCAGGUCAGAGAUAAAUGAGUCUUUAUACCUGACACUGAAAGCAAUCCUCACUCCUGUUCUCCAUGACCUGCGUGACAAUGCUGUGGAAGUGACCGAGGACAACUGACCGAUCCACAGUGAGACCAGACUUUUGAUAAAUGAAGUAACUCAUCAUAGGCAUUACUGCGUUGCAUCAGAAUCUGUUGACACCAACCCUUUUGUUGGACCAAAGGUAUGUGGAAGAUUCAGUGUUGACGAACUCGAACACUGCCGUGAUGUGUGUGUGUGUGUGUUGCUCAGUUUUCCAUGUAUUCUGGUAACUGACUUUUUGUGUUAAGGUUGACUUAAUAUUGUUCUCAUAAUAUUAAUGCUAUUUAUUUAUACAUUUGACUCUAAUCAAAGUCUCCAGAGUUGGAGAUUUAUACAAAACGCUUUGCACUGCAUACAAAAUAUUUAUUGAAAACUCCGAAGCAAUUUAACCGUGGUAAAGGAAUUGAGGAUGUUUUGUGGCUAGAGAAUUUUAUUUUACAUGUGGAUGUGACAAUGCAACGGCAAGGACCGACACUGCAUUUGUUUUUAUGUCUUUGUUACUGUUCAACAGAAUAACUCUCACUGCUCCCUCCUGUCACACCAGCAUGAGUUCAACACGAAGCUGCCACACCUGAAAAUGUUGUCCUGGUCUUCAGGAUUCUGUUUUCCUGUGUCUGUGUGGGUGUAAUUGCAAGAAUAUUCGCAUUUUAAAAGGUCAUUUUCUCAAAAUUAUUAAGUACAUGUUACUUUGCAGUUUUGUAAACAAACACUAUAUUUUCAUUGUGACAGAGACCUACUUUGUACACACAAUUAAACACAGACUGACUGCACGCUCUGUGUGUUCAGUCCAUAUAACACU